UGUUCGCUAUUGUUAACUUCAGCCAUCUUUGUUAAAUUACGAGCGAUUAAUGUCGAUACGUUGAAUUUGUGUUACAUCAAAUGGAACAAAACACAAUCUCAGUGCUAGCGACGCGCCGCCGCCGUAUGUGCAAUGGAAUCAAGUGUACAUUCUCUUUUGUUUUACUAACGUUGCUGACGCUUCGCUGAAUGGAAGCGUUACGACCUAACAGCGUUAACGACCAGUCGAUCAUUAAAAUGAUGGAUGAUGCCGUCUUUUGCAAAAAGAGUGCAAAGUGAUCGUUUUACUAAAUACUAUGAAGGGUUGUGGUAGUGUUUAUGUCCAGCUGUGCAUGUGAUGAAAAGUGCGUCGCAAUAUUUGUCGUACAGUACAUUGCAAUGAGUGGAAUGGCGUUGCGCAGCGCGCGGGCCGGAGCAUGCGCGCCAGUUUCCUCGCAAUCGCUGGGAACGCACUGAGUGUCCUUCGUUUACGUGCUCAUCAAAAUGGGAAGGUCGAGAUUCCCGGGGAAACCACUAAAAUUUCAGAACAGAAAGCGUGUUAGUGUUUUAUCGGGCACUGUUUAUCAUGAGACUGCUUCGGAGGGCCAACCGCCCGUUGGCGGCGGGGCUAACAACGAUUUUGCUGGGGAUAAAGAGGAAGAAGAAAAGAAAGAAAACAAUAAUGAUAAGAUCCCAACCAGUGAAAUUAAACUAGAUGAAAGUACACAGAGUAGUGAAGAGGACUUUGUUGAAAAAGAUAACAGUGAUUCAUGUAAGUCGCCGGUGCGUACUCGGUUGCAGAAUAAAAUGGAUCCACCAAAACCUGAUAAACCCAAACCCGUUAAGAAGACUGUCACCUUUGGCACAGUUGAAAGCUGUGAGGACAUCUUUUUGCCUCUGAAAAAGCUUCCACUAAAACACCAUGCCCCUCUUGUGCCCAUUAUCAAGAAGAAAUCGGCACUCAAACAAACAGAAUACUCUACAUUCAACAGUAUCCUCAAACCUGCUAAGCUCACUGAUUUGAGUUCAAGGUCGACAUCAGAAUAUCAAGAAGGCUACUUAAAGAAAAAUUUGAAUCCGUUAUCUAAAUCUGGAAAUAAAUUUGCUAACUUUGGUGAUGGUCGCCCAGUUUCACCUCCACCUAGAACUGUAUCACCCAUAGAAAAAGACAAUGGGAAUUCCAAAUUUCUAAUGAGGAGUUCUCACUCAUCUCGUGUCAUCAAACCAAAUAAAAGAUUUGUGGAAGGAGAGGAUCAAACAGCAGUUGCUACAGCAGUCAACUCCUGUAAAGUUCUCAAGAAGCCUAAACUGAAGAGGUUAGUGUUCAACAAUAUUCCUGAUGGGGAUGAAGCUGCAGAGAAAUGUGAAAAGGGACUUGACAAUGAAAAGGCUAAAGACAAGCAACUGUUGGCUUCUACAAGUUCAAGUUUGUUCAAAGAUAAGACAGUAACUUCUUUCUCUGGCCUUAAUUCAGGUUCAAGAAAGGCUUCAAACGAUGUUUUUUCAUAUGAGAAAGAAGAUCAAUCACAGGACGAGAAUUCUAAUCUGGAGGAAUCUGAGAAUUUGAAAGCUGUAGAAUCUUCUAAAGAGGAUAAGGGAGGUCAUGCCAUGAGAAAGUUGAUGGACAUCUCAGAUGCUAGCAGCAGCUCGUCCAGUACGACUAGUGAUUCGGAAUCUGAAGAGAGUUGGGACAGCGACAGUCCUUUAGCUAGUGGCGACGAAGAAAAUAAAUCUGCUACGUCCAGUCCAGAAAGAGAAAAGACAUCUGCUUCUCAACUGCUGAGUGGUAAAGUGAUCAUCAGAGAAGCUAGGUUGCAAUUGAGCUCUCCAGUUCAGACAUCACCAGGACUGGAUGGUCCAUUUUCUGCUCCUCCUGCUUCUUCUUCACCAACUCCUCCAACAACAGUAACAUGUGGUGUUUGUGGCGCAGUGCGAUUCUACAGAUUUGUAAAGCAAGCAAGAAAGUUCGGAAUAUACUCAUGUGAAUCUUGUCGCAAAUUCAUCUCAAAGUUGCUGAAAAAGGAGAAAUUACCGCAAAGAACAGAGCCAAUCGUGAUGCAGUGCUUAAAAGGCGAAGGUAUUUGUCAUGUUCCACCAGUAGUUCGGUCCCAACAGUGGAAGCUGCUCCGUUGCGCGAACAAUUCUCGAUGUCCAGCCUGUUGGUUAAAGUUGUGCCUUAAAGCUUUCCAAGUUCCAUCAGAUAUAAGAACUACCCUAACUGCUAUGUUGCCCCCUUACAUGAGAGCAGGUUCUGCACAUACGGGACCUAUUACUCCAGUAAAUCCUGUAAGAGCUGCAUCUAAUAACAUUUCUGGUGGACAAUCUGUGUUUGCUGCUAUUACAGCAAAUGAAAACGAGAAUACAGUGUUUGGACCAGGGAAGUCAACAAAGAAGACACAUGACGAGGCUGAGAAACCUGAAAAAGAGGAUAAAGUGCAAAAAGACAGACCUGAACCACUUGAAACAAAUGAAGAGUUCAGUACAAGCAGAAAACGCCGCUUGACGAGGGUUAAAGUGAGGAAGAAAGAUAAAAGUGAAUCAAAGCAAGCCGAAGAUCCUAAAAGACAGAAAGUUGAACUUAAAGGUCCGCGUGUCAAACAUGUUUGCCGAAGCGCAUCUAUUGUUUUGGGACAACCUAUUGCGACAUUCCCUGUGCAGGAAGAAAAAGACAAAUCAGACAAGAUUCCUUUUGAUGACGACUCCAACUCAAUGUCGUCUAUGGACAAAGAUACUGCAUUUUCUGAUUUGUCUAGUGGGGAUUCGGAAGUCGAUGCAGAAAACAAAGUGCCUCCACCACUGAUCGAGCCAAUCGUCGCAAAGGAAACUGAUGCAGAAACGCAACCUGAAAGUAAAAAGAAAAAGACGGAACCCUUGGCGCUGGCCAAGUCAACUAAAUCAGAAUCCAGUGAAGAUGAAACUAUUAUGGAUUUGCUUCCAAAAAAGGCUACAAUGAAACCUUUAACAAAUAUUACCAAUGUACGUGGCCGCUCGCAAAAAUACGGACAGAACCGUUCACAAUCAGAAUUGAUUUGUGUAGAUUUUUGGGAAAGCUAUGAUCCAGAUGAAGUUUGCAAUUCUGGUUUUGGCCUAAUCGGGACAACAUCCUUUACUAUCGCAAGAUUAUGCUUCUUGUGCGGAAGCGCUGGCCAAGAAAAGAUGCUAGUAUGUUCGAGUUGCUGUGAGUGGUACCACAGUUGGUGUGCGGAAGACGCGCCGGGUGGCAGCGGCUGGAUGUGCGCGCGUUGCGUGGCUUGCGCGGCUUGUUCCCGCGGCGCAGCACGUUUACGCUGCCGCAGCUGCGCGCGACACUACCACGCCGCGUGCCUACCCGCUGCGCCACCUGAUCAUCGCAGUGAUUGGCCGCAGAUUUGUCGCGCAUGCCUGAAAUGUAAGAGUUGCGACAGUAGUCGCGUCAGCAAAUUCGUGGGAAGCCUACCAUUUUGCGGCUCCUGUUUCAAACUCCGACAAAAAGGCAACUAUUGCCCUUUGUGCCAGGCUUGUUACAGAGACAACGAUUUCGAUAGCAAGAUGAUGGAGUGCGGGUGGUGCGGUAGGUGGGUGCACGCAAGCUGCGAAGGUCUAACAGGAGAGGGAUAUCAACUUUUGUCUGCUUUGCCUCCGUCUAUAGAGUAUAUUUGCUGCAAAUGUAUGCCGCAAGACCCGCCGUGGAGAAAUAUGCUUAUGGAACACCUCAAAUCAAGGCUCUUACAUCUACUCAAACUGCUGGCCAAGAACAAAAAGGCUUGUGCGUUGUUAAAGCUCACACCUCACAAAAAUACUCCAGUGCCUAAUAAACCGUACAGGCUCAUGUCGCCACAGGCUAUUCGAAAGCUUCACUUUGACGGUGAAGACGAAUCAAUGAAGAACGCAACCGAGACAAAGGUUUAUAGAAAUACUUCGCGGGGUCGGAGGAACAAUAAUUUAGCUCCAAAUAAGACUGAGCAGACCAUGACACCGCAUAUAUGGCAUUGCUCCUCCCUAUUGAACAUAGGAAAAGAGGACAUCCCGCACACUUCCCACAGAGUGGUUAAUCUUCAAGAACCUUUGAUGCAAAAUAAGGAGAUAUGCUUCUCUACUGGUCUGUAUGGCACAAGGACAGAGUUUGACACACCUUGUAUUGAAGUUCAUGAGAACAACCCACCUCAAACUAAGACCGAAAAGGCGACUACGAUGUUGCCUACGACUAUUCAUGACGAUAAAUAUGAGGCUAUCUCUGACGAUGAUGAACCCAUGAGGAUCUUUCCAGAAGCCCGUAGUGAACAAGAUUUGAGUCCUGCGCUUGUAAGGCUGACUGAGCAUAAUAGCGAUAUUAGAAUUAAUUCUCCUUCUCUGUUAGACAUCAAAAAGAGGGUAAAUAGCGACGAAUACGUCUCACUGAAAGAUUUCAAUCAUGAUAUGAGAGAUGUUAUUGAAAGAACUUCAAGUGAAGAUCUCAAAAUAAUAUACAAAGAACUAUUCACGGAAACAUUUCCAUGGUUUGAUUGUGGUAACAACUGCCUGCAGCCUAAUUUAGAAGUGGAUGGAGAACAAGACGACAUGGAGUCUCUAAAGGAUCAAGAUAUUUUAGACAGUAAAGCAAUAAUUGAGUCUGUAGAGAAGCCAGUGGAUCAGAUUGUACCAAAACUAGAAUCAGAUGCACAGAGCGACGAGGACUUACUAGAAUUUUAUCCAGUUCUAGAUUCAAGAAUAUGUGUACUUUGCAAAACCAUCGGCGACGGGCAAUCUGAGAUGGAAGGCCGACUAUUGUACUGCGGUCAGAAUGACUGGAUACACGCCAACUGCGCUCUUUGGUCUGCUGAAGUGUUUGAAGAAAUAGAUGGUUCUUUGCAGAAUGUUCACUCAGCUAUAUCAAGAGGUAAAAUGAUAAAAUGUGCAUCCUGCGAGAUGAAAGGUGCCAGUGUCGGUUGCUGUGCCAAAAAUUGCAGCGAGACGUAUCAUUAUGCAUGUGCAAGAAGAGAAGGCUGUGCGUUCAUGGAUGACAAAAGAGUAUUUUGUCCUGCGCAUGGCAAAGAUGUCCCAAGAAAAACCUUGCAAAAAGAUACUGAUUUUGAGUUGACAAGGCCAGUUUACGUUGAGCUCGACAAGAAAAAGAAGAGGUACAGCGAAAUAUCGAAAGUACAGUUUGUAUUGGGAUCACUGACUAUCCACAGCCUUGGAAAGAUAGUGCCAACUGUUUCAGACUUUGAAGAUUUCUUGAUGCCGGUUGAUUUUUCGUGCACUCGUCUUUUCUGGUCCUGCAAAAAGCCUUCUAAAAUUGUGCGAUAUACAAUAAAAACAAAACUAUUGUUAGCUGAACCUUUGCCUGGAUUUGAUUUCGGUGUAAAUAUAACUGUUGAUCACUCCAAGGAUAUGCAAAUUGUAGAUAGGGUUAUGGCUGAAAUUGGAGCUUGGCAUGAAAGUUUAGAAACUGGAUCAAGCAAGAGCGUACUUAUGCUUAAAAGUGACAAGUCACCAGUUAAAUUGGGAAAUAUGAUUACUUUAGAAGAUCUUGCCGUUAAACAGGUAGUUGAAUAUUUAUUGGACAAUGUAUGCAAGCAAGAGCAACAAGAUGAAGAAGAGCCUCAAAACACUGCAGAUUUAUUACCGCCGGAGCUGAAAGAUGCCAUAUUUGAAGACUUGAAUCAUGACCUUCUUGACGGUAUAUCCAUGCAAGAUAUCUUUCCAAACCCUUACGAUGAUUUAGUGGCAAUGGAUUUGAAAAGUGAAUUCUACAGUGCGAUCUCACAAUCCGAUGACAAAAGUAACGAUAGAUCAGAUUUUAUUGAUGAAUUACUUAAUGCACGAUUGGAGUCAGGCAACAAAGAAUUGAAAAAAAGUAAAUCAGAAAUGUUGUUACAAAACCAUAAUUUAAAGUCACUGACUACUGGACGCGGUCAACAAAGAUCCAGUAGUCUAACAUGGAGUAACAAAUUUGACACUGUUUUGUCUUCCACAAUAAAACGAUGUAAAAUAGGCAGAACUUCAACAGUCACUGGUAAACUUAGUCCUGUACAAAGACUUACUUUGCUCGAGAAUCCAUUAGAUGCUAUAAAAGUCGAGUCUGAUAAGAAAUUGAAAACAGAAAUCAGUGAUAGCGACACAAUAUGUGAAGACAGCCCACAUUCUUCAGGCUUAAAUUACCGCACAACUUCACCAAAAGAAAAAGAUGACAUUAGCAAUGACAAAUCUGAUAAAACAGAGGGCUAUUACACUGACGUCAUUGACUUUUAUACUAAGAUACAAUGCAGUCCUAUAUCACAAUUAGACGGCGCAGCUGAUUGGUCUGGUUCCGAGAGUACUUGCAGCUCGCGACCGAAUAGCCCUCGACAGAGUGACAAUGAUUAUGACUUUACACCCAUACAACAAUUAGACGGAGCUGAAGAAAACCAACCAGGCGAUAACGCUGCAAGAAAUCAACCGAAUCAGUUCCUCUACAGAGCCAGUGGUAAUGAGAGCACAUACACUGUUACCAUAGCUGGUAAUUCAAUAAGUGGUCAACCAGAGCUUGUUAUGAGACCAUUAGAUGAUGGUUCCGUAUCAUCACCUCAAAUCGAGCACCUUGUGCGAUGUGAUCGUUGCCAAUGCACGUAUAGAAAUAAAGAGUCAUACGAUAGACACGUGCCUUCGUGCGACAUGAUGUCCACGAGCGAAAGUGAGAGUGAAAAUCCUAAGUCGCCCGAAAACAGAACAUUAACAACUCUGCAAAACGCUUUUCAAGGAGCUUUUGCUCAACCAAUGAUAAUUCACACUGGCGUUGUCAGCGGCAAUGAAAAUACCGUUAAAGCAGAAGGUAUUUCUGCUAGGCGAACGUCCAUUAAUACACGGCAGAUUACUAUCAAUGGAACUAUAGUCGAAACACCAUCUCCAGGUCCGUCUUCCAAUGAAGUAACAAUGACUAUAACGGAACAGAUGAAAUCAGGAACUGUAAUAUUUGAUCAAAGUAAAACUACAAAUGUUCAGGUUUCAACAAAUCAACAAGUUUUGUCUUCACCUCAAAUCGUUGUAACCCCGCAGAUGUUACUGCCUCCAAAAACAAGUUCAGCUAGUGGACAAAAACUUUUAAUUCCGCAGAUUAUUACACAGCCUGGAAUUUUACCACACAAUAUUUGUGUAGCAAAAUCUGGAAACGGACAUGCAAAUAUCCAACAAAUUCCUGGUGGUGCAGAUAUGACACAGUUCUUAUCAGGACCUGGAAUUCAAGUUAUUUCGUCGAAUUCAAAUCAAGUUUUAACAAUUCCUUCCAAUGGUCCCAGUAACAUCACACCUAUGAUUCAGGGGAAAAAUCAAGUUACAAGUUUUCCGAAUUUAGUCAGUGCAUCAUCCAUUGCGAUGCCGGUCAAUUCUAUACAAGGAAUGCCUAACACCUCAAUAAUUCAAAACAUCCAGCCAAUGAUAAGACCCCAAAUGCAAGGCAAUCCUACGAUUGUUGUACCGGCAGUGACAACGCAAAGAAUUUCUUCACCAAACUCGCAAAACAAGCAGCAGUUGAUACUACCAGGGAAUUCUCAGAAAUCUCCCAAGAAGCAGCCAGCCUCUGUACAACCCAAGCAAAUAUUCCAAGGGUCAAAUCGAGGGCGGGGUCGUCCUAUACCUAAACCAACGACAAUUAAACGGCAGACUAAGGUGGAAAAGUCGUACACUGCUAUCAAUCAGUCACAACUUGGAUCAGGAAACACUGUGAUACAACUUCAAACUAAUAAUCAAACUGGUCAACCAUCCAUUAUCGUUCAACCAGUAGCAAAUCAAAAUAUAAUGUCUUAUGUUGAAGCAUUAUCCCAGCAACAGAAUCAGAAUAUGCAGUACAUCGCUACGAUUACGCCUCAAGGUGACUUCAAAACUGGCCAAUUCAUAUCACAAAGUGGUCUAGUACCUCAGACAUUCCAAAUACAACAAACUGAAUCUGGCGGAUUAGUAGCUGUUCCCAGCGGCGGCAUUCCCGUUUUGUUACCUCAGGGAAAUGUUGGCAUCUUACCACAAGGACAUACAAUUUUACCUCAAGGUGCUAUACAAACGCAAGGAAUUAUAUCACAAGGACCUAAUGGUCCGACUAUUUUACCACAAGCAAUUCAUACUCAGAAUGGCACGACCAUCAUACCUCAAGGAACAAUUCAGGGGCUUACACCUAGUAAUAUAACCUCUCAAACAGCGACGCUCUUGCCAAAUAACACUUUGCAAACGGCAGCAGCUACUGGCAAUGGCCAAACGACCAUUAUACCGAAUGCACUUUCUUCACAAGGGAAUACUUUGAUUUCUUCUGGACCAGGAACAAUAUUACCUCAAGGAACAAUUUUACCACAGUUCUGUAAUGACCAAGUGAUUUUAGGGUCGACGCCAACUUUAGAAAUGGUAACAGAUCCUUCUGGCUGUAUGUACCUGACGACUACACAGCCUGUGUAUUACGGAUUAGAAACCAUAGUACAGAAUACGGUAAUGUCUUCCCAACAAUUCGUAUCUACAGCAAUGCAAGGGGUGCUUGCACAAAACAGCAGUUUUUCAGCCACAACCACUCAAGUUUUCCAAGCCAGUAAGAUAGAACCGAUUGUAGAAGUUCCUACUGGAUACGUAGUCGUUAAUAAUGUUGGUGACGGUGUUACAGUGCAAUCUUCCACACCGAAUGUAGUCACUGCGCAGUCAGUGCAGUCAACACCGCAAACAAUCAAGACGGUUAAGCCAAAUGUUCCUAAUUUGACAGUACAACCUCUACCAGAGAAAGGUUCCAGCAAUAAUUCAAACAGGCAAACUCCAAAGGUAGUUCACGUUAGUACAACUCCUGUAUCAGCUGGAUCUCAAUCGGUUCCUGGGACGAUUAUAACUGGCAGGCAGAACAUAACACCAAUUACGUCGCAAAUUCAUAGUAUGUCGCUGUCGAAUUCAGCUCAGAACUUAACCAGAAUUAACAAUUCAAAGAUAAAUAACAAUUCUAUGGCACCGAACGUGACUCUAGUAUCUUCCACAGGUCAACCAGUUAUGGCCCUUUCACAAUCUGUGCCAAAUGCACCGUCUUCCUUUACAAUGCAUUCAAUGCCACUAUCGCAACCACUUCUCUCAAAUUCAACAGCGCCCUCAACAAAUAAGAACACUAUAAAAAUUGAAAAUUCUCAUGUUAUAGAAAUUAGCGGUAAUUUACAAGAUAAUUCAAAUUCUUCAACUGUACCAACUAUCAGCGUAACUCAGAGUAUCAAAUCACCGACUCCUUGGAGACAAAUGAAUCCUCCUCUGAGCACCGGCAAUAUAGAAAAGAUUGAUGUACAAAAUUUAAUAGCAAAAACAAGUACGUCUGGAAACACACCAUCUAUGAGUAUUCAAACCAACGUAACGACUGGAAGGUCACUUAACGAACAUGAAAAAAUUAAUCAAAAUUGUUUGGUGUCCAUGUCAAACAAUACCAACAGUCAAAUUUCGGGAAUAAACCUGCAUUCUCAGUUUGAAAACAAUCACAAUGUAAGUCUACAUUCUACGUCACAGCCGACGUCCAACAAUGUGAUUCAAAUUACCGCAGGGAAUAUCUACCCACCGAACUCUGCUAUAAAUACCAAUUUUGAUUCUGAUACAUCAUUGAAACUGAAUAAAAUUAAUACUCUUUCUAAAUCUGAAAGUGGCCAUUUGACAUUUUCACAAGACAUGAUUGCUUCCCAUUCGCAACACAGCCAAAAUGAAAAAUGUUUCCAGAAUGUCUCUGUAGCGGAUAGUAAUAAUAAACAUGGUGCUGAUAAUGUCGGAGGACAAAUUAAUUUACACAAACUGAACAGCUGUCAAAUCGCCGGAAGCAUUGCGAACACGCCUUCUAUCAGCAUAAUACCUCAUAAUGUGAUGAGAACACAAAUGCAAAAUAACCAGAUUACCAUCCCAGUAUCAAAUAACCAAAGUCAAAUGAACUCUACAAACUGUCAUGGCACUUCGCAAUUAUUGAAUGUUGGUAAUAAUUCCCUUCAUAAUGUAAACAUAUCAUGUCAGGAGGUCGCUAAUAACAGCAGAGUUAUUACGGUUUCCAGUGAUAACAGUGUACAGCAAAGUCAACACGAAAUCAGCAAUAAUACGUUAUCAUCGUCAAAUAUGUCUCUCAGUACUAUGCCGAUGAUAUCGCACGAAAACAGUCAACUUUCAUCUCCGAAUCAAAUUCAUAUAAUGAAUGGACAAAUUCAACAUAAUCGCCAAGUAGAAAACAUGAAUCAGAUGCAACAAGCAAAUCAGGGAAGUGCUAACAGAUCGUUCCACGAGAAUGUGCAGCAGCAAAGCCAUAAUCAGACAAAUAUGCUUUCAAACCGAAACAAUUCGGAAAGUACUAAUAUGAUGAAUCAGUCCAUAGGUAUGCACACUUUAGGAGGCAGUCAUAAUAUUAAUCGCGCCGAUUUGAACGAUCUCAACCACAUGCAUGUGCAGCAACCUAUUUCCAAUAUGGGAAAUGUGCAGAACAAUCGCAUGAUUAUGGACAACAUGCAAUCGCAAGCAGUAAACAAUAUAAAUCAUCAAAUGCAUAGUAACAGACCCAUUGAUAGCGUCCAUAGUACACAAAUGCACAACAUGCAACAAAUGAAUCACCAUAUGAAUAAUACCAGCAAUCGUAUAGAUAAUAAUAUGCAUAUGAAUCAGCAAAUGUCGAUGUCACAAAAUAGGCAGAUGGACUCUGUGUCCCUUCAUCAUCAACAUCAAAUGACCAAUAUAAUGCAGAUGCAAAACAAUAGACCGCAUAUCGACAGUAACCUGAUGAAUAUACACCAGCAUGUACCGAAUCAAAUGCAUAAUAGGCAACAUAUGGAGAACAGUUUGCACAUGCAUCAUAUGUCGGGCAACGCCUCACAUAUGAAUUUAAGUAAUCAAAUUGAAAACUCGAGCUCUAUGUCCAACAUCCACGGUAAUCGACAUGAUAACAACACCAUGUCCAUGCAAAAUACAAUCAAUCAAAUGCAAAACAACAGGAACUCCAUUGACUCACACGCGUCUCUAAUGCAGCAUCAGAUGAAUAACAUGAGCAAUAUGAACAUGCAUAAUCUGAACAAUACGAUGCAAAUUACAAACGCAAAUCAUCCGUCUAUAAAUAGUCCAUUGAUGCAUAAUAUUCCAGACAUAAAAAAUGAAAUACAAAAUUCAUGUACUGGCAGCUGUUCCAGCAACAAUGUACAAUUCCCUAAUAAUCAGCAAACAUUCGACAUUUGUUCCUCUUUAAAUACAAGUAACAAUAUAAAUAUUACUUCAGGAAAUAUGAUGCACGGCAUGAAUGUGAACAAUGCGAAUAAUAUGAUGCUCAGCACAGUGAAUAAUACGGGCAUGUAUGGCUCCAACAACCAAAAUAAUUUAACAGGCCAUGAAAUGCUAAUGAGCUGCAACAAUUCCUCAGAUCAUAGCGUUACCAGCUUGAUAUCGGGAAAUUCCAACCAUAUGAUGAUGGGCACUUCUCAACCUCAAAUUAGUAACAAUAAUCAAAAUCAGAUGUUGACAGGGCAAGCUCCUAACACUACACAAAUAAAUAUCAAUAGCUGCAGUUUGACUACAACCAAUACCUCACAGAAUCCGAUCGCUGGAAUAGACAAUCAGAUCGGGAGGAAUAAUAUACAGGUGAAUGAAUCAGCUAAAUUCACUCAAGACAACUUGAGAGUGAAAAACAUCAUGGGAUCUUCAAACACAAGUAUGCCCAUGUCAAAUAUUUCUGGUAACGAUUGCGCCAAAGUUAAUAUAGUAAGCAAUGACAAACAGAAUCAUACUAUAUCUGUAAGCAAUCAAAUCGGUUAUAUGCAAAUGAAUUCACAAAGCAAUCGGACGAUCAACCUCCCAGAGAGAACCAGAAUAAAUAACGCUAACUUAGAAAACAACAUCAAUCAACACGUGUCUCAACAACAUAAUAUAAGAGUUGUUACCAAUAAUACCAGUAAUGCCGUUGCAGAUCCUAUGACAUUCCAGCAGAAAAGUGAAAACAGCAGCACAAUGAUCAAUGUGCCAUUCCAAGCAAUACCGAACAGCGCUCCCAUGAAUAUCAAUGUCAAUUCUAGCAACAACACCGUUAACAUCACUGUCCAAAACAAUCUAGUUGAUCCCAAGAUUGCUUCAAAGGCGGCUGGUGACAUAAAUUUUCCAAUUCAGUCAAAUACGAGUUUAUUGCCUAAUCAAAACAACAGUGGUAACAUGAUAUGCAUACCUGUACAAAAUAAUACAAUCAAUUUACCUACACAAAAUAGCACCAGCAUAACGUUACCUAAAGCUCCACCUACCCAGCAAUCUGGUAUACCGACAAAUGUUGUUAAUCCUAUGACCAUGAGACCAAUGAACAGAGUAUUACCACUACACAGAGAUGGACAAAAGUCUGUAAAGAACUCUAGUGCCAACAAAAGCACUGCAGUGUCAAGACAGAGAACAACAGCCGGUCAUGACAUGCCAGAUCUCAACAUUAAAGAUGAAACCAUCGAUAGUGAUCUCGAAAAAGCCAUCGAGGAAUCAAAGCGUAUGAUUGAACUUGAGAGAACUAAGAGGGAAAAGGAAGAAAGAGACGCUGUUGAAGCAAUACAACUAUCCGCCGAUCUCACUCCAGUCAAUGCGAGUGUAACACCAAUCGAGACAGAAGUAAUUGUGACCGAAGCUAUUGAAAUCACUCCUAAGAUGCCGUCAUUGCCCAGUUUAGAUGCUGAAAUGAUAGAAGUGGAACCGCCUAAGAUUUUAGCUGAGAAGGAACCAAAUACAUUACCACAGUUGUCUAAAACAAACGCCGCAUCCAAAGUCAUGAAACGACAUUUGUUUGACAAGAAGACUGAAAAUGAGUCUACAACAACAAAGAAACAAAGCAAGACGUCAAAAGGCCAAGAGAACAAACAAGUGCACUCCAAACAAGCACCCGAUCCACCAAAAGACGACGGACCUAAAUUGAUCUACGAAGUAACAUCUGAAGAUGGAUUUAACUACACUUCGUCUUCACUUACUGAUCUAUGGGCGAAGGUUGUAGAUGCAGUGCAGAAUACGAGGAGACAAUCAGGACUGCCACUGAUGCAGUACAACUUGCCGUCUAGUAUAUCUGGAGCUCAUUUAUUAGGAUUGAAUAACAACGCCCUCAGAUACCUUGUAGAACAACUACCUGGGGCAAGUCGAUGCAUCAAGUACAAGACACAUCAAGGCCGUCAACUUAGCAGCUGGGAUAACGAUUUAGACCUGAGCGAAGGUUUCAAGGAAAGCGCUUGGGGUAGUGCUAGAACUGGCCCAAUUACAAGAAAACAGAACCACGAUAUGUUUAGUUGGAUGGCGUCACCGUUUAGAGAGGAGCCUCCUCCUUUUGGAAGUCAGGAUGGAGAAAGUUCUAUAUCCAGGCGAUUGGCCACAUUACCCCCAGCUAUGAGAUUCAGGCAACUGAAAGAGACUUCAAAGGCGUCAGUGGGUGUCUAUAGGUCGCACAUUCACGGUCGUGGUUUGUUCUGCAAAAGAGAUAUUGAAGAAGGUGACAUGGUUAUUGAAUAUGCAGGCGAGGUUAUACGCGCAGUGUUAGCAGAUCAGAGAGAAAAGAAAUAUGAGGCGAUGAGUGGACGUCGAGGCGUCGGCGGCUGCUACAUGUUCAGAAUCGACGAUAAUUUGGUGGUUGACGCCACCCUGAAGGGAAACGCAGCUAGAUUUAUCAACCAUUCUUGCGACCCCAACUGCUACUCGCGCGUCGUUGACAUACAUGGACAUAAACACAUCUUGAUCUUCGCUCUUCGCCGCAUCUCCGUAGGAGAAGAACUUACAUACGACUAUAAAUUUCCCUUCGAAGAGGUGAAAAUACCGUGCACUUGCGGUGCUAAAAAGUGCCGCAAAUAUCUUAACUAAACAGGUAAGAACUAUUCGACUUAAGUAAAUGUUGUGUCAAUUGUUUUUUGAUUACGAUCUUAUUGAAUAGUGUUGUUUAUAGUGCUCUAAAAUGUUCCAAUUAAAGACUUACAAAAGCAUCGCAUUUGUAAACUAAAAAGUUACAUCAUUUUUUGGAAUAUUUUAAGUAGCCUGGGUGGAAAAACCACCCUGAGGGUUUGCAGCUCUCGUGGAUCAAGAACAGCGAAAAAGUAGCAUAAUUAUAAGUACAUACAUAUGUAGAAGAAAUAAGCGUUAAGCUAUAAGAUACUAGUGGUUGUAAUAAGCAUUAAAAUAAUCAAACCUUGGAAACGGUAAAUCGAAGGAUCUCCUGGCAGUUCUAAAUGAUUUUGGAAUUAAUUGUGGGGAAGUGAAUGUAUAUGAAAUACUGGGUCGAGCACAAUUUCUUAUAACAUAUACAUAAUUUUUGUAUGUAAGACGAUAAGUCAGAAUCACAUAUCGCUAUUUACCCACCUCAUUUUGACAAUUUUAGUACCAAAAUGUAGUACCGGAGAAUUGAUAAUUAAAAUUUUACGUGAAUCUUGUUUUGAUCUCUUUUUGAAUCUACCCAGUGUUUUAGAAUGUUGGACUGGUAACACAUUUGAUUUUAUUUCUAAUAUUUCUUAUUUUGUGAUAGGCUAAUUAUUUUUGUAAAUACUUUUAGUUGUAUUAUUUUACUGUAGAAGACAUCAUGAGAUGGUCUGCAAAUUGCUUAAUUUACUUACAAUUCUUAUUUUGUGAUAAGUUAAUUAUUUUUGUAAAUACCUUUAGUUGUAUUGUUUUUUUUUAUUAUAGAAGCAAUUCUUAGAUGGUUUGGAAAUUGCUUAAGUGUCUACACUUAACUUCGAUGUGAUACGUGUUAGCCCCAGGGCUAGACGAGAGUACGGUUAGUGCGUAGCUAGAGUAUGUUGUUGUUCCUCAUUUUGUCCUUAUUUUUCUUUACUUGUGAUCAGUUAAGUCUCGACUAACAUAGUGUCGUACGUGUACAUAUGAUGGAGAUUUAGAUAUGUAAUACUGAUAAGUACAUUCGAAAAGAAGGGUAGCAAAGUUACAAGUACAAUGUUACUUUUUUGAUAAUUUUAAUUAGUAUUGUAUAGCUAAUUUGUAAAUAAGAGGAAUUAAAUUGUCAUAAUAAUGAGGUUAAGCGACAAAUCGUUUUAUUGUAGUCAUAGAAGUAGAUCGUAUAUUAUGGAGUAUUUACAAUGUAAAAUAUAAAUUACUCGGUGUGAGAACAGUCUCGCCAUAAGGACAGAGGUUGUCAAGCAAAUGCACAUGCGCAAAAUGGCCAAUUCAAAAGGACUCGUACCAACAGGCGGUGGAGGCUAUAUCAUACUAGUUCGCUCGCAGUGAGUAGCCGCUUUCAGACUAUAAAUAUAUUAAACCAAUCGGGUAGGGGCUAUUUCGCAGCGAGCCCGACACCGAGAACUUGCCGCCAGGCUGAUCGAGCCCUAAACCCCUGAGCGCGAUGCGCUCAAUGAUCAGCGCGCGAAUGAACAUGGUUGGGCUUUAAUACUUCGCCAUAGUCGGUAUUGAAAACAUAAAUAUUGAUAACUAUUGCAUAUUUCGGAACUACUUCUAUAUUAUAAAAAUAACCAUAUUUAAAAUAAAUAUUGCAUCACAGUCAGUCAUCACAAGAUACAUAUAUUAUAUAAAUAUGUGCUCAUUUUACAUUUAUCUUAUAAACUAUAAUCCAUAUACAAUUAUGAUAAAGCAAAAUAUUGUAGAUUGGUAGUAUCUGGACAUUGUCAAUGCCUUAGACGGUUUGCUAAGAAAUUUGUUACUGCACCUAACAAUAGCAGUAUUAAGAUAGUUUAUUGUGUCCCCAAGUAUUUUAUUAAAUAGUCAAUAGAGCAGAUUUAAAUGUAGUAGAAAAAGUUAUAAUAGUGUUAUAUAUACAGUAAUUCUCUAACACGUCUGUAUUUACUUACGGCAUAGUUUUAAUGAAUGUACGUGCGCCAUUGAUGUUAUUGUAGCUUGCCGACAAAACUAGCUUGGUGGUCUUUGCACUCUUGUUCUAACUUUAACGACGCACAAUAGCGUUUAGGGCCACGUACGUUGCAAUAGACUAGGUCAUUUUCAGAAUUGAUCAUUUAUUAAUUGGUUAUCAUGCGGCCCAAAUUUAUAACAGACAGUAUUUCAACUGAUUCUACCCUAAAACAUUUUUUUUCUACUCUGUAUAAUGUUGGUGAUUCAUUAAGUUUAGUAUGAUUUGAUUUUCUAUAGGUAUACAAUGGUUUCUUAGUAUACUCUCCACUUGUAAACUAGGGCCGUAUUUAUUUGUACAAGAACUAGUCGCUUUUUUUUUCUUAAAUUACGAUGCUGAUAAGCCAUAAUGUUAAAUACGAUUUCUUUAUGAUGACUUAAAUAUUUGUUAUUCAUUCUAUUAAUUCAAAAUAAGUCAAUGUUAUACAUAUAGCUUACAUCGAGUUACUUUAUAAAGUACAUGUAAUUUAAUCAAUAUAAAAUUUCAUUAAGAUCUAUUUUUAACACUAAUUUAUAAGAUUAACCUCAAGUUCUUUUACUGUUCUCUCAUUCUCUUUGUGAUAUUACAAUGUUUGACCCUGACAGUGAUGUUUUUACAUUUGAUUAUGUACUAAUUUUAUUCUUAAUGGUUUUGAAAACCGAUCUUAUAUACGGAAAAAUCGCGCUAGUUAAUGGCCAUUUAUAGAUCGGAUCGCACAUUUCUUUUAGAUUAAUGUAAUUUGAAAACACUUGGCGAGAGUAGAUGUAUUUAAGUGUCGUCGUGGUUGUAAAUCAAACAUCUAUGAAUUACAUGCAUGUGCAUUUCAUGACUCUAUUGACAUCAUGAUUGAAAGAUCAAAUCACCAAGUGAUGAUUGAAUUUGCGAUAAGUAUGUAAUUAAUAAUUGUAAUAAUCAUCUGCUCUUGACAUUAUUUUUUCUGUGUUAAAAAUAAUGCUUUUAUUUUGUAAUGUACACAAUGCCAUUUUGCCUAAUGUUAUUAUAAAUUAUUAUAUUAAAUGCUUUAAAAGCACCACUUUACAAUGCAUAGUUCUAUGACCUGUCUAUACAUUUUAUUACUUUAUUUAUUUCUAUCAUUAUUUUGUAUUGUGGUAAAUUUUACCAAAAAUAAAAAUAC